AAAAUUGGUGGGGUAUCAUGUUUUAAGGAAUUGGCAAUGUUAAUUGAAAAAACAGAAGGAAAUCUUUCGUACGUUUAUAUUGACAUGUCUAAUAAAGAUGCUGAAAGUACAGGAAUGGUAAUUAAAGCAAUUGCUGAUAAUUGUCCAAAGAUCGAAUACUUAUCCACAUAUCUUGGGCCUAAAGAUUUGAUUUAUGUAAAACCAUUAUUAUUACAUUGUAGUAAAUUAAGUAGGUUACGUCUCAAAAAUUUAUAUGAAAAUAAUAUUAUAGGAGAUGAAUUAUUAGAUAUCUUAACCAGCUCUUCUCCAUUAUCUUUAAAUAAUAUUAAACUUAGUGGAGGUUGGAAGUAUUCAAUCAAUUCUAUAGAAAGAUUUUUUGAAAGUUAUAGGGGACGAAAAUUACUCGAAUUUGGUAUUAAAGAUAAUAUUCAUGAAGAUAAUUUUACAAUAGAACAUAUAAAAAUCAUUAGAAAAUACAUUAAUGAAGGAGUGAUAGGACAUACAAAUCUUUAACGUGAUUAUCAUUGUACAAUUAAUACAUGUUCAACUUCAUUUUACUUUAUAGAACUUGUUUAACCGGUUAAGUUUUUAUUUAUUAAUCAGUGUAUUUAUUUGUAUUUAGAUUUCCAAAUUUUAGUGCAAUAGUAUAUAUUAUUAUGGAAUUGUAGGAUAGAU